AUGGGGAAUCUGGGCUAUGGACAGGAAUAUCUUAUGGAAAGCAACAAAUCUAUUCUAGAAUUCUACAUCUUGCCAUUCUUCAUGACAGCUGACAAUAAACUGUUUAUAUUCAACGUUGUCUUCUUUUUCCUAAUCUAUUUCAUUGGAAUUCUUGUAAACCUCGUUAUCAUUACAGUGAUAUGUUUGGAUUUCCAUUUGCACACCCCGAUGUAUCUGUUUAUCUGCAACCUGUCCAUUAUUGAUAUAUGCUACACAACCGUUAAUAUUCCAAAACUUCUCUACAUCUUACUCUCUGGAAAUAACAUCAUAUCCUUCACACAAUGCUUUAUCCAGAUGUAUUUUAUUUUUCUAUCAGGCAUUACUGAGAUCACGAUUAUUUUUAUAAUGGCGUAUGAUCGAUAUGUUGCCAUUUGUUACCCGUUAGACUAUCACCGUAUACUUAACAAGAAAAUCUGCAUAUUGUUAACGAUGGUCAUCUGGAUCAGCGGUUGUUUAAAUUCAUCUUUACUUACAAGUUCCAUCUUAAAAAUGGUCUUCUGUUCUUCUUUUACCAUUCACCAGAUCUUCUGUGAUGCUAAAGCUCUCAUCAAUAUUGCCUGCGGUGGUACUGAAAUGUUUUACAUUGUAAUGUAUGUAGAGUGUUUACUAUUUGGGGUCUGUCCAGUUAUGUGCAACUUGACAUCAUAUGUACAGAUUAUCAGGGUCAUACUACGUAUUAAAUCUAAGGAUGGCAGAAAAAAAGCCUUCUCCACCUGCUCAUCCCACCUCAUAGUUAUGGCCAUCUACUAUGCAUCUGGUACAGCUGUGUAUAUGAUACCCCCAUCAGAUCGCUAUGACCUACUGGAACAGAUCUUAACCGUGUUCUACACUACAGUGGUUCCCAUGUUGAACCCUCUCAUAUACAGUCUACGAAACAAAGAAAUAAAUAGUUCUUUGCAGAAAUUGUUGCCAUAA